UUGGCCCGUUUUCAGCGCCGUCUUUUUCUCUCUACAGUAUCUAGAUGAACUGCAGUUCACCUCCCCACCCGCUUGGUGUGCUGCUGUUGUGUCAACUUCCUCAAACCAGCUUCCUCGGUUGUUUUUAGCAUGGCACAACACCACGCUAGCUAGAUUACUUCCCUAGCCAACUUUUUUUUAAACAUUAGCUAACUCGGGCACACACACCCGAGAAUGCCAAGGAAAAAGAAAAAUGGGCAUAGCCCGGCAAGAGUACCCGGGUUGUCAAACGACAACAACAACUAUUACCGAAUACCAGGAACUAGUGACGGUGCGCCGCUGUCGAGAAGUGAAUUAAACACCGGGAGUAACUCUCACUACUACGGCAGUACUAAUAUGGUCGUUUCAACAAACUCAGGAGGCAUCUCCGCUACUUCUCAGGACAAGGACGAGAUAUUGAGGACCAUGCAGGAGAUGUUUUCCCACCUGGAUCCAGAAGUCCUUUACAUUGUGUUGUCCGAGUGUGACUUCAAAGUUGAGAAUGCGAUGGAUUCUCUCCUGGAGCUGUCUGUAGCAGCUGAGCGUGUUGGCCCUCUCCCUCCCCUCCUCUCUGGGUUUGAGCUUGCCGCAGCUCUCCUCAGCCCUCAACACGACCCCUCCAAACCAGACCUUCAUCCCCACCCUCCUACAGGGGAGACCGCUGUCCCCCUCUCCCCUCCCCGACGGCCCCCUCCUCUCCGCAGCGAAGACGACCAGAACCUGACCACUGACUUGACAGAAGAGUUGGAUGUUCUGAUCGACCGUGAGCUGGAGAAUCUUACCCUACAGCAGGAAGCUGGUCUUCACUCCUCCUCUUCCUCAUCCGUCUCUUCCCGCUCCUUCCUCGUUCAGCCCCCCGGCGCCCAGCAGGAGGCCCCGCCACAGCUGCUCCAGUCCAGCCCAAGAGCCUCAGCCUUCACGAGGGGGCUCCCAGGGGCCCAGCCAUGCCCUGACAGGGUGUUCUCAGCUGGGCAAGCUAGAGGACCUCACUCCCCUGUCUCUGGCCUGAGCCUCAGCUUCUCUGGAGGAGCAGUGGGUUACCAGCAGCAGAGAUCCUUACUGGACUUCAGCCAUCUGACUUCAUCGCCAGCCGAGACGGACAGAACUAAACCCAGUCUGCCUUUGGACCUGGGGGCCGCCGAUCGCCCCUCUGCAUUCCAGGCAUACAGGAAACUGGACCAGUCCGCUGUUCGUCCAGAGGGCGGGUGGACCGUACCACCAGGCGGCAUAGUAGGGGGCGCGAGGACGAAGACGAGCGUCGCAGGAGAAGAAGAGCGACUCGACAACUCGUCGUUCUGGAAUACUCAGGCGCCAGUGUUCCAGCCGCAUGUCCACGGACAUCAGGCGACGGGGCCGGCGUUCAUCACCCCCGUGGCGCUAAACCCCUCCACCUGGCACACCCGAGCCACACCCGCCUCCCACUGGUUGGCCCAGGGCCCUGUCAGUCAAGCCCCUACUGUCCCCAGGUCUUGGACAGGGGGUGUGUUUGCGGCUGCUGGCCCCAGAGCACCCCUCCUCUCCGGGCAACAUGGUAGGCUCCGGCUGGAGGGGCGUGUCCUAGUGCUGCUACGGGGAGCUCCUGGGUCGGGCAAGUCCACCCUGGCCCGGGCCAUGCUGGAACAGAACCCACAUGGGGUGGUUUUGAGCACGGAUGAUUAUUUCUGUCGCCAUGGGGACUAUCGCUACGACCCCUCAGCUUUAGGGGAGGCCCACGAAUGGAACCACGCUAGAGCCCAGGAAGCCCUGGAGGCCCGUUUCUCUCCUGUCAUUAUUGACAACACCAACAUGCAGAGCUGGGAGAUGAAACCCUACGUGGCUAUGGCUCUGAGGCACAACUACAGGGUUUUGUUCCGGGAGCCUGGUACCUGGUGGAAGAACAAACCCAGGGAACUGGAGAGACGUACUAGGCACAGUGUUAAAGCAGAGAAGAUCCGUCGGAUGAUGGAAAAUUAUGAUCGUCACGUGACCAUUCACUCCAUCAUGGGGAGCUCUCACCCCAAACUACCUCCCCAUUACGACCCAACACGACCCCCCCAUCACGACGCCAAACUACCCCCCCAACAGGACCCUAGCCCCCCCCAUCAGGAGGCUAGCCCGUCACAGCCCAAGUCCUCAGACAAGGCCCGCCGCGACCUGGUAGGAGAGCAGCGAUUGGUCCAGGGCUUUGAGAGGUCCUGCCCCCAGCUCUUCUCCUCGCUUCCUGACGUGUCGUCAGUUGGCCGCUCCGGGAGAGUCAUCACCCCGGGUCACAGCUCUGCCCACGGGGCCACAGAGUCCCUCCCCCUCAGUGAAAAGGCCUCGGAAAAAUGUGGAAUUCCAGACAAUUCAAAAAUUCCGAAUGAGGAGGAUAUUCUCGAUUUAGGAGCGCUGGUCUCUGAACCGGACGCCCAGUUACAACCGGAGGAGGACGGGGAGGAAGAGGGAGAGACAGGAAUUCCCCACUUUCUGGUGGAGUCUGUGUUUAGUGCAGAUUGCCAUGGUGACGACGAGAGGCCCGUGGCUUUCUCAGAGACGAUUGGUCAGAGGGUGAGGAAAGAGAGGAGGAGCAGAACUAGGCCUGCUGACAUAGUGAAGGACACUAGCCAAUCAGUGAGCGAGGGGGAUGGAGAGGGAGAGGAUGGAGGAGGGACGUUGGUGGGAGAGAGGGUGUGGGAUGGGGGAGAGAGGGUGAGGGAUGAGGGAGAGAGGGUGAGGGAUGGGGGAGAGAGGGUGAGGCCUGAGUUGUUGGAGUUCGUUGGAGACUGGCCUUCAGAGGAGGUACUGGAGCAAAGAAGAGGAGGAGGAGGGAGGAACGGGAGGCGCCCUGGGGGGGAGGAAGAGGGAGGUGGUGAGGGGGAGGAGGCAGGUCCCAGAGGCAGCCAAUCGGAAGGGCAUCCUGCUAGCGGGCCUCAUGUCACAGAGUUCCAGAAGCUUCUAGAGCUCUUACAGACAGAUGUUGACUCCUGCCCCUCCCCCGUCCUCUCCCCAAUCUCCCCGAGCUCAGACCAUUCACUUGGAGAAGGAGGAGAGAGGGGGGAGGCAGGGGGGAGGAGAGGGGAGGCUGAUAAAGACCGAGUCCUGAGUCGGGAGGAAUUACCUGACUGUGUGUUGGUUGACUCCAGCCUGGGGAGGGAACCAAUCCAGGUGGUUGAAUCCAACACCGUGGAGCAGAGGGAGGGAGAGACCAUUCAGGCCGCCGGAGAGGGGGGGACUCAGGGUUUAGUUGAGGAGGACUUGGUGGAGGUAGAAGGAAGCCAUCUUGUUAAGGUCACUAUCAGCCAUAUUGUUGAGGGCAGUGUGGCAGCUGGUGAAGGCAGCUAUGUUGGUGAGGUCAGUCAGUGUACUCAUAGUGACAUCCAUAUUGGUGAGGGCAGUGUGGAAGCUGGUGAAGGCAGCCAUGUUGGUGAGGUCAGUCAGUGUACUGAUAGUGACAUCCAUAUUGGUGAGGGCAGUGUGGAAGCUGGUGAAGGCAGCCAUGUUGGUGAGGUCAGUCAGUGUACUGAUAGUGACAUCCAUAUUGGUGAGGGCAAUGUGGAAGCUGGUGAAGGCAGCCAUGUUGGUGAGGUCAGUCAGUGUACUGACGCUAGUGAGGCCAGGAUGGAAGGUGAAGUCGGCCAUCUUGGUGGGGGCAGUCAGUGUACUGAUAGUGACAGCCAUAUUGGUGAGGGCAGUGUGGAAGCUGGUGAAGGCAGCCAUGUUGGUGAGGUCAGUCAGUGUACUGAUAGUGACAUCCAUAUUGGUGAGGGCAAUGUGGAAGCUGGUGAAGGCAGCCAUGUUGGUGAGGGCAGUCAGUGUACUGAUAGUGACAUCCAUAUUGGUGAGGGCAGUGUGGAAGCUGGUGAAGGCAGCCAUGUUGGUGAGGUCAGUCAGUGUACUGAUAGUGACAGCCAUAUUGGUGAGGGCAGUGUGGAAGCUGGUGAAGGCAGCCAUGUUGGUGCGGUCAGUCAGUGUACUGACGCUAGUGAGGCCAGGAUGGAAGGUGAAGUCGGCCAUCUGUGUGGGGGCAGUCAGUGUACUGAUAGUGACAGCCAUAUUGGUGAGGGCGGUGUGGAAGCUGGUGAAGGCAGCCAUGUUGGUGAGGUCAGUCAGUGUACUGAUAGUGACAUCCAUAUUGGUGAGGGCAGUGUGGCAGCUGGUGAAGGCAGCCAUGUUGGUGAGGUCAGUCAGUGUACUGAUAGUGACAGCCAUAUUGGUGAGGGCAGUGUGGAAGCUGGUGAAGGCAGCCAUGUUGGUGCGGUCAGUCAGUGUACUGACGCUAGUGAGGCCAGGAUGGAAGGUGAAGUCGGCCAUCUGUGUGGGGGCAGUCAGUGUACUGAUAGUGACAGCCAUAUUGGUGAGGGCGGUGUGGAAGCUGGUGAAGGCAGCCAUGUUGGUGAGGUCAGUCAGUGUACUGAUAGUGACAGCCAUAUUGGUGAGGGCAGUGUGGAAGCUGGUGAAGGCAGCCAUGUUGGUGCGGUCAGUCAGUGUACUGACGCUAGUGAGGCCAGGAUGGAAGGUGAAGUCGGCCAUCUGUGUGGGGGCAGUCAGUGUACUGAUAGUGACAGCCAUAUUGGUGAGGGCGGUGUGGAAGCUGGUGAAGGCAGCCAUGUUGGUGAGGUCAGUCAGUGUACUGAUAGUGACAUCCAUAUUGGUGAGGGCAGUGUGGCAGCUGGUGAAGGCAGCCAUGUUGGUGAGGUCAGUCAGUGUACUGACGCUAGUGAGGCCAGGAUGGAAGGUGAAGUCGGCCAUCUUGGUGGGGGCAGUCAGUGUACUGAUAGUGACAGCCAUAUUGGUGAGGGCAGUGUGGCAGCUGGUGAAGGCAGCCAUGUUGGUGAGGUCAGUCAAUGUACUGACGCUAGUGAGACCAGGAUGGAAGGUGAAGUCGGCCAUCUUAGUGGGGGCAGUCAAGAGCAGAGGCAGAGUCGCAGGGCGGGGAAACAGUGCAAACUGGCGCUCACCUUCACAAACAACACCCCUCCCUCCCCCAAACCACAGAUAGACCUUGACCCCGACCUUGACCCCGA